GAAGGGGAGGGAGUGACACAGAGAGUCCUUCGGUUUUUUGUAGUGACUGAACCGAAAUACGUCUACGGCGCUAUGUUUUCAGUGGGCAAACAAGCAAAAUAAUUACUUUAACGUUUAUUUCUAAACGCACACAAUUCACGACGAGGAUAAAUAAUUUAAAAAUGCGGCGUUCCGCUUGGCCGUCCAAGGGACGACUGCGCAUCUGUGUGAGUGAACCGGGAAAUGCUGCGCCAAUGUCCCGGCUGAGAGACGUAGCGUUCCGCCAAACAUAAGCCGAUUUCUCACAUUUUAACAAAAACGCCGCUAAAAAACAUCGUUUUAAACAUGUGCGCAGGGAGAAAGAUUUUAAGUUGUGUGUUGGCCUAUGCGCCGCCGGCUGAGCCAUGUCGCGUCGGAAACAGAAACGACCGCAGCAGCUUAUGAGCCCGAACCCGGGUGAAACUCGGACCCUUGAGCCCGAUGACCAGCCGUUGGUGAAGUUGCUGUCGUCACAGUUCGCCAGGGACUCCCCCCUGACCUUUCCUUCCACCUCCACCCAGCACCCCCAGAUUGCCCUCCCUCCCUGUACUUCGUUCAAGGGUUCCCAAACCCCGUCCCUUCCUGCCGCCAAAGCCCCGCCCCACUCCGGCUUCCCCGGCCAAUCAGGCCCCUGCUCACAGCCCCAGCUGUCACCUGACAUCCCUCUCGCCUCCCUGUCCUCCCGAGCCCACCCCCCGGUAGCCCCUCACCUCAACGACAGCCACCGCGCCUCCUCCGCCAGUGACCGCGCACACACCCUGCGCAGCGCCCUGAUGGCGUCCCCCAAGCUGGGCGUGUCGGCGACCACCACCACCUCCUCAUCGUCGUCGUCGUCGUCCGCCUCCCUCUGUCCCCCGCCCCACCCGGGCAGCCCCAGCCCGGUGCCCGAGGGCCCCCCAAGCCCUGUGACCCCCACCCCGAGCCCGGUGGUGAGUUCGGCCUCGCCGGCGCCCUCCAGGGCUCACCUGAGCCUGGGACUCAUCCUGGAGGAGCUGCGGGUGCUGCAGCAACGGCAGAUCCACCAGAUGCAGAUCACGGAGGAGAUCUGCCGUCAGGUGCUGCGUCUGGGUGAGGCGUCCUACACCAUGGACUCGCCCGCCCAGCAUCCGCUCGCUCCCCUGCCUCAGCUCUGCCUGGAAGGUGGCGAUCGAGCCUCAAGCCCCACGCCCCAGUCCUCUGCCCCGCAGCCUGCCACGUCAGUGCCCCCCCUCUUGGCAUGUUUCUCCUCCCUUCUCCCCCCUCAGUCCUCCCAGAAGAACCCUAAGCCCAGUCACCCUUUGUCUCAGAUUCUGCAGCCGCUCAGGCCUCAGAUUGAGGGCACGGUGACCAAUCUGGGAGCUCAUGGCUACCCCAGGGUCAGCACUCACUCGUCGCUCCCCUCUGCCUCUUCCACUGUAUCCUCCCUCUGCUCUAGUAUGGCCUCCUCCAACCACCCAUUGGCCCUCUCCCUGGCCAUGCCCAGCCGCUAUCUCCACGAGAAAUCCCCCAACACCACCUCAGCCAGCGGGCAAAGCGGGCUGUCCUUUUUCAGCCAGAGCUCAGCCAGCGGCCUGUCAAGCCAGCAUUCCAUAUAUUCUUCUUCUGGAGGGGCUUCACAGGGCUCCGCCUCCCUUAUGAGCUCCGCCUCCGCCGGACGCCUCCAACAUGGCUGCCGUUUCUGCGGGAAAAUGUUCAGCAGUGAUUCGGCGCUGCAGAUACAUCUCCGCUCGCACACGGGGGAACGCCCGUACCAGUGUCCAGUGUGCCUGAGCCGCUUCACCACCCGCGGUAACCUCAAGGUGCACUUCCUGCGUCACCGCGAGCAGAACCCAGAGCUGUCCCUCUCCCUCUUGCCGCCAUCUUUGUUCGGGCCCGGGUUGUUAGGAAGCGGCGGGUCGGAUCUCGGCCCGCCGAUGAGCAGCUGCAGCAGCCCAGUCAGUGCUCUCAAUAUGAUGCAGAAGAGGCGCAAGCGCAGGCCGGAGGAUGAGGCCUACGGAGAUGCUAUGGAGGCUGGUGGUGCCGUUGGAGGCUUCAGCCUGGGAGGGACAGGAGGACCCCCCCCCUCUACCCUGCCGCUGCCCCCGAGUGUUGACCUGGCUCUGAUCUCCCACUCCCUGCUGCAGCUCAACAGGGCCGCCGCCGCUGCCGCUGUGGCCUCCAUCGCCUCGGCCUCAUCCAACUCUUCCUCCUCCUCUUCUUCCACCUCCUCACUGGCUUCCUCUCUUCUCUCCAACCCCCUGGCGCUGUCCUCCUCCUCCAACAUCGCUGGGUUGUUCAAGGGAGCCAAGCAGCAGCACUUUGACGAGAACACCCCGCCCCACACCCCCAUGAUCCCCUCCUCGGCCUACUCCCAGCUGGCUCACCUGCCCAAGCUUCUCUUCCCGUCGGCCUCCUCUUCGUCUUCCUCCACCGCGCACCCUUCCCUCCAACACCACCCUGUCCUGGGGCUACUAAGGCCCCCGUCUUCCACUGCUCCGGGCUCACAGCUCCUCUCCUCUUCCGCACACUAUCCCUUUGCCUCCUUACCCAAAACCUCCACCUGUCCCUCCACCUCCUCACCGUCCUCCCUGGCCUCGACCAUGGCCUCCUCCAACCCUACUUCCGACACUUCUAAGCUGCAAAGGCUGGUGGAAAAGCUGGAGAAGGAGCCUUCCCACUCCGCCUUUCCCUGGGCCUCUUCCUCGACCUCCACCUCCAUGGGGGACCUUUUAGGGAGCAAUGCAGCAAUCUCUUUGGCUGCGUCGCUUAGCAGUGUCCUCACAAAUGCCAGUACUUCCAGCACCUACGUCAUGGCCUCCCCUCCGUCCUCUAUGUCGGCGGCCACUUCUGUUUCAAACUUCACCCGUGAGAUGGUGGCUGCGCUGGGAAUGAGCGCUAAUGGAGCUAGUGUUCUGGCAGGGUCCAUGUUGCCGCCUCUCAACAUCUUAGGUGCGGGAAACACCCUGGCUCCUAACCAGUGUGGAGUAUGCCUCCGUGUCCUGAGCUGCCCCAGGGCCCUUCGGCUGCACCACGCCACCCAUCUUGGGGAGCGUCCUUUCCCUUGUAAACUAUGUGGCCGAUCAUUCUCCACCAAGGGGAGCCUGCGCUCACAUCUGGCCACGCAUCGGGCUCGACCCCCUAACUCACGGAUCCAGAACUCGUGCCCGCUGUGCCAGCGCAAGUUCACCAAUGCCCUUGUGCUCCAGCACCACAUCCGCAUGCACCUCGGGGGGCAGCUGCCCCCCGACGGGACUGAAGAGCUGCCGUCCGAGAUGCUGGAGAAGUCAGACGUGGCAGCUCUGUUGUCGCAGCCCUCUGACUCACCCGGACUCUCAGCUAGAACCCCUCCACUGGCUGAGGCUGGCCAAGCGGAAGACCUCGUCACCCCAAACAGCCACUUUGUGGCACCGAUGGAGGUGUCUGACUACGCACCAUCUGCGUGCACCAGUAACCCGAUCAAAUCUGGAACCUCCAGUCCAGACUUGAUACCUCCCUGUGACCUCAGCCCAGAUCCAUCCUUGAUCCCCACCACUCAAAGCGCAGCCCCGGGCAGUGUGGACCCCCCUGUCCUGUGUGUCAGUAGCCCCGCACCAGCUCCUCAACCUGAGGAUCCAGGCUCCCUAGGUACCGAAGACAAAGAACCUGACCACCUGGCCACAGUUGAGAUGCAUCGAUCCAAGUCCAGCCCAUCGCCGACUCCCUCCACUCCAAGUAAAUCCAUAUCUUCUAGCGGUCUGAUCGCAGACAACCCAGAAGGAAAGGCCUCCACCUCGUACGAUGCUUUCUUUGCGGGCUCCAGAUCCAAUCUGGAGGACCUACUAAGCACACCUACUUGUGGGACCUCCUUUGCCCACCCAUGCCCAACCACCACCCAGCCUUCCCUCCCGUUGCUGGGUCAAGACCUCGCUAUCGCUGAAGCCCAUGAAGAACCCACCUUGGAACCGGAACAGUCCUUGGGGCUCCAAAACCCAGAACCCAUGGGCGUGGACAACAUGCACUCCCCUCAGUCGCUUACGCCAAAGCAAGAACAAGAGGCCGUGCACGACGACCAACCCCAGACCUUGCCAGCUUUGGAUGACGUCGACAACAGCGUUGGCAUCGGCGGCGGUGAGAGGGCGGUGGCGACACAGAGGGCGGCGGCCUACAUACGGGAGACCCGGCAGAGCCUCCACUUCUCCUCGUACGGGAGGGAGGACCGCGCGGACGGUGCUAAGAUGGGCGGGUUGGCGGACGGCGACCAGCUGGACACGGCGGUCCCCCGGAGCCUCGCCCCGACGCUUCCCCCGCCGGUGUCCCGACCGGAGAAGAGGACCUACAGCUGCGCCGAGUGUGGGAAGGAGUACGCCAGCCGCAGCGGCCUCAAGGGUCACAUGAAGCACCACGGCGUGGUCACCAAGCCCGCCAGCGCCCGUCCUCCGGCCAGGAGCAGCCGCUCCUCGUCCGAGCGACUCCCGGCCACCUCCUCCACCUCCUCGCCCGGCUCCUCCUCCUCCUCCUCCACCUCCUCCUCCACCGUCCCCGCCACCAGGAGCUCUGUGGGCUUCUGGAACCAGUACCAGGCCUUCCUCAACGCCAACACGGACCCGGCUGACGACCCGGGCACCGGUAACCACGGAGACGCAGCCCCCCUGGCGUCGUCGUCUCAGAUGGACCUGGCCGGGUCCGGGAGGGUCCCUGCGGAGGAGACCAUGGAGGGCCCCGACGAUGACGAUGAGGAGCCCAAACUGGAGCCCGUGUGAGGGGGACCCGGUGGCUGGGGCCCGGUGGGCUGGGGUCGAUGCUUACCGUCUGUCCUUCCUGGAUGCGGAUCUGUGUAUAACUUUUCUUCUUUGCAUAGUAUUGCUGCCCUUAGGUACCUUCUGAGUAGCCUGGUUCUUUUGAUAGUCCAAGUGAUUUGUAUGUUUUGUGCAAGCUGUUUGUUUUGUGCUUUUCUCCUUAAUGAAAAAAGACAGUGUAAAAAAAAUAAGCAGAAGACAAAGAAGAAGAAAAAGAGGAAGAAGAGGACAAAAAUGGUUGAAGUCAUGAAGCCAGACCCGGGCCAGGCCCCCAGGUCCGUUUUGAAUCUAUAGCAAAGCAAACAGACUACCUGUUACUUCUGAAGAGCUUUGACAAGUCCAUGCCAGUUCUAACACUCAACGAUGUAGUAAUGACUACACGCAAAGAACGAUUCCUUGGUAUAUCAAUGUUGAUCGUAGAAUUGGUUAAUAAUGUUUCGUGUUUGUUUAUUUUGCCUUGGAGCAAUUUCUGAUAGUUUCAAGUAAACCACUAAAGUAUAGGAAAUUGGUAUUUUCAUAUAUGACUACUCUUUCUGGCACUCAAUGUACUACUACGCUAUAUGUAAAAAAAAAUAAGGAAUUCCUGUGGUGCAUAAGACACCGAUUUUGGAUAGAACUAAUGAUGUUCUACAUUCAGACUUAUAUAUCUUGAUGACAUUACAAUAGGCACAAGCGCUGACAGAGAACCGAGACACAAUGACCUAGAACUUCCAACCAGGCCCAUCAGCUUAGUGGAUACCUGAAUAGGAAGUCUGAUUUUCCACAUGUUCUUAGCAACCGCUCUUGUAACUGUGGUUCACCUUGAAGAACAUCUUCAGUCUAUUGCAGAAUCACAGUUCCCUGAUCCGCACUCCCGCAUCCUUGCCCAAGAGGCCUCUUAACUCUUAACCUGCUCCUUAAUGACCUAUACCUGAAGUCACCGUUUGUAUCCGAAUUCACUUUGGACUUGUGAUCUGAAUUCAAGUACGAAUUCUGUUGAAUUACUAAAUGGGGAUUAGCUAUGUGGGACAGGUCUUGGAAAAGACGUGUGUCCUUUUACACUGAGAAUAAUGUCAUUGUUGUAUCGUCAAAAGUGAUGUCUGUAACACUCGUCUCGCGUUUAUUGUUUUUCUCGCUGUCGUGUCUUUAUAUAUAUAUAUAAAUAUAUAUAAACAUAGGAGACCCAGAACUCUUUGUCUGUUGUAAGUUGUAAUUUUGGUGUGCCCAAAGGUUAGAACUGAGGGGUUAAAAAACAUUCAAUAAAAAAAUACACAUGU